AUGGGGGAUAUACAUUGGAAGAUGCUACAAGUAGGGGCCUGGGAUGAGUGCCAGUACCGUCGAGUGUUGGCAGCCGAGGAGAACGUGGACUUCCGUAUCCAUGUGGAGAACCAGACGCGGGCUCGCGAUGACGUGAGUCGGAAGCAGCUGCGCUUGUACCAGCUCUACAGCAGGACCAGUGGAAAGCACAUUCAAGUCUUGGGCCGUAGGAUCAGUGCCCGUGGCGAGGACGGGGACAAGUAUGUGCCUGCGCCGCCCGGUGCCGCCUCCCUGCCUACACUCUUCCCGGCAAGUUGUCCCCCAGGAGUGCCAUCAUGGGGUCAGGAGAACGACAGGUCCCCUCAGGCUGCAUCCCUGCCGCCGCCCGCCUCCCGCCGGCUGGACGCUGAGUCACCGCUUCCACAGGAGCCGGCUCCGAUUUCCUGCCCCCUUGCCCUCUCUCCGGUCAUUAAUAUUGUGUCCACAAGGCAUGUGUGCUCAUGCCUGUUUUCAACCCUCUCCUCUGGCGAGUUGCUAGUGUUAAGAGGUUGGGAGUUGAGCGAAGCUUCUCUAGACCUGGGGGGACCUGCGUGUGAUGGGCCUCAGUACCCACUACCGUCACUGUGGUUGUGUGUAAUGUCUGCUGUAGCACACUUACCAAAGGCAUCAUUGACUUUUCUUUCUUUGACUCUCCUUCUCUCUCUCCUUCAGCCUGAUGGUACUAGCAAGGAGUGUGUGUUCAUCGAGAAGGUUCUGGAAAACAACUACACGGCCCUGAUGUCAGCCAAGUACUCAGGCUGGUACGUGGGCUUCACCAAAAAGGGGAGGCCUCGCAAGGGUCCCAAGACCCGGGAGAACCAGCAAGAUGUGCACUUCAUGAAGCGUUACCCCAAGGGACAGACAGAGCUACAGAAGCCCUUCAAGUACACCACCGUCACCAAGCGUUCCCGGCGGAUCCGCCCCACUCACCCCGGCUAGGUCCGGCCACACUCACCCCUAGAGAACUACAUCAGAGGAAUAUUUUUACACGAAAAAAUAAGGAAGAAUCUCUAUUUUUGUACAUUGUGUUUAAAAGAAGACAAAAGAACCCCAUGACAAAGGACUCACGAAAAGGGGACUGCUGUCAACUCACAGGUGCUUGCCUCUCUCUAGGGGGUGACAAUUCAAAACUCAUCCCAGAGGAGGAUUUGAAUGAGAAAACUGACGCUGCGAGAAACCAAAGUCCUUUCCCCAAAGGUUCUGAAAGCAAACAACAACAACAACAACAAAAAACAAAAAAAAAAACAAAAACAAAAAAACAAACAGAAAAACAAAAAACAGAAAAAAAGUAGUGCCCCUCCCCCACCCCCAUCCCUCCUUCCC